AUGAGCACCGUUGAAGCAAGCUCGUCAACCACAUCCAAGGCCGUCCACCCCUCCUGGACCGCGUUCCUCGACAACCUCGAGAGCGCUGAUGUAGACAGGGCGAUUAUCGAAGAAAACCUGGAAUUUAUCAAACAGUUUGUCCGAGACUACGAACAGAACAAGCCCACGCCGAAGAAGACGACUCGGAGGUUUCCCCCACCCCCAGCCACGGGAAAGCAUCGCAGAUCACAUGGUGCGAAUGGGAGCGUCUCUGGCACUUCGCCUCUAUCUCCGAAACAACACCGGCCCCCUCCGCCACCUGUACGUCCUGCCCAGAAGCCACCAACACUCCAAGACCGCGCGAGACUGUACAGUGAUGGGAAGCCCGAUAGAGCUGCUGCGACAUCUGACGGUCGAGGAGGAAUUGAGUCAGUGCCUGAAGCAGAAUCAGGGCCCCGCUACAUAUACUAUCGGUUAUACGUUGCGGACGGCCCACUCGAGUCUGUCAACCCCAUUUACUCUAAUGACCGCUUCAUCAGUCGCAUCUUGCCUAAAUCCGUGGCACCCCCGCAUACCGCUGCCUCUCUGAAGAAGUACCUCUGCCGGAUCGAAGGCUUUGAAACGGCAGAAAAAUGUACUCUGUUUCUGUCGCUCGUGGAAAGGGUACCCAUAGAAGAUGAUACACGUCUCUCACUUCGAGCGAAAUCUGGCCCCGGACUAUCUGAACUUGAGCCGAUGGCUCUAAUUGUUGAUACUCAGGCCUGCCACAAACGAUCACCAGCUCCAAGUAAUCCGCCUUCUGAACAGCUCGAUGAAACUGCCACACGUUACGGUACUUCUUCAAUCCUAUGUAAUCGUUCAAGACGAGUCAGGCUUACCAACAAAAGUGGCGAGGUGGCAUCGAAAACAUCAUUUGAUGAGGACGACUCGUCUUUGGGUCGGAUCAACAUGCUCUGCGUACCACCGCCCCACACUGUUGCCUCCUUGAAAGCUCAUCUUGCCAAAGCCGAAGGAGCGUCGGGUCGAAGUUGCCAACUGUUCGAGGAUGGGGGCGGCGAGAUUACAAUGAAGGAUGACGAUAUCAUCAUCUUUCUUACUGACAGCUAUCCAGGAGCUAGCGAAGAGGAACCUAUAGCAGUUGUAUACUCGAAACCCAGGGAAACAACAUCACAGCCCACGGCUGCUGUUUCGCCGCUUGCUCCCCGAGGUUUUUCAAAGCGCAUCGAAGCCGUCGAAAGUGACUUAAAGAGUGAGACAGAUCCUCUGUGGCAUUCAGCAAGUGUUGGGGAGAUUUUCCACACAGACGGAGUCUUGAGGAAGGAGGUGUACCGUGGCAAUGGGCUAUUACACUGCUAUAUAGCAAUAAACUCUUCUGGGAAAAUGGCUUUUAUUUUUGCGACGAAAAUGAGGUUCUGCUGAUUAAGCAACCAAACACCCUCAUACACACCGCGUUCCGACGGGUCAAUGUCAAUAGUAUAGGCUUCGCGAAUGGCUAUUUCUCUUUGUAUUCU